AUGAACUAUAAUAAUACAAUUCAUAGAAGAGCUUAAUCUAAUAAUGAUAUUCAACAAGUUAUAUGUGCUAGAAUAGCUGGUUUAGUUGAAGAUGAAUAUUAAUAAUAGAAACUUGAUCCUAAAAGAAUUAAUCUAGGAUCUACUUUGUUUCAAAUUCCAGAAUAAAAUGAUCUCAUAUCUUCUGUUGAAUAAACAACUGAAUCAUCUAAAUAACAUUCUUAAAUGAUUAAAGAUUUGAAUAUAUCUAAUGUGAAACCUAAUCAAUAAUAAGACAAAGAAAAUUUCAAAAAUCUUUCAUCAUGUUCUACUCUAAUCAAUCAAAUUCAAUAAAUUGUCAAAUCUGGAUCUAAUACUAAAGAACUUUAAUCAAAAAAACCAUUCACUUCUUCAAAUGAUGCAACAUAAAAAAAGUCUUCAAUUCAAAGUCAAAUGAGUUUUACUAAAGAACUCUAAAAAAAACAAGGAUCAAAUUAUUUAUAAUACUAAUAAGGAUAAACACUUAAAUAAAAUAUUACUCCUGAUAGAAAAAGAGGUCCUUCUUAUAGUAAUAAAUAAACAAAUUAAAAAUAACCUAAUGAUUCUACACCAAAAUAAAUAUCUGGUACAGACACACUUAAAAGUAACUUUUCUAUUUCUUUAUUUAAUAAUCUUAUUAGAUAAGACUCAAAAAAGAAGAUCUCUAAUUCUGACAUUUGUGACUCCUAUAGAAAUAUUGAAAUUAAAAUGAAAAAAAUUGAAAAAGAAAUUAACACUAUUAAAUAGAGAUAAGAUUAACUAGAUGAUAAUAAUAAAAAUAUUUAAGAUCAACUAAAAGAAUUUAUUUAUGAGAACAAAUAAUAAUAAGAAGUAUUUUAUUCUCUAUAUAUAUAAUCUUAGUAUGGUACUAAAUAAUUAAAGAAAAUUGAAUAAUUAGAAUAAAUUACCAGAAGAAAUGAAGAAUCUAUAUGUUACUUAAAAAACUUUGUGGUUAAUAGUAAAAAAAAUGAUUAAAAUAACAUGAAUUUUGGGUAAAAUUAUUUUGAUCAUAUAGAAAUAUAUAAUAAAGUGAUAUAACUGAUUUACAAAAGAAAUUUGCUGACUUUAAACCUAUUAAUCAUAAAGUGUUUUGA